GUACCCACAACCUUCCGGGCAGAUUAGCUAGACAAUUAAACGGGCAUUUAUGUUAUAACUGUGACCACUUGAUACUGAUUGUCACUGCAUCUUGUUCUUGUGAAGGAAUCGGUAGACUGUUUAGUGUCAUGUUAUAGAAGCAACAAUGUCAAAGUGCAGUUUUCUUUUGUGCUUCGUUUUGAUUGUGGCCCAACAGUAUGGUGAUGUUUGCGGCGAUCGCGGAGAUAAGUGCGAGAAAUGCAUACCAAAAGAGAAAUGCUCCAUGUAUGGAGAAAUGAGCAAGAGUGAGCAAGAGAAGUGGAUUGUGGACAACCCAUGUGCUACGCCUGAUGAUGAAGAAGGUGGUGCGGUGUACGGGUUUGCGCCGCUGGCUAAAGGAGACUACGUCUGCUGCCCGUACUCAAAUAUUUGGGGAGUAUCAAAUCCAAGCAAACCAAACCCACAAAGUGACGUCAAAAAUGAUUCUAUUAAAAGCAGAUAUGGUGUAUAUGAAGACGAUGAACAAGGAUACAACCAAGACAAUUUACAUCAGACACAAAAUUCACACAUAAAUAGAGAUGACACUGAUGAUAGCGAUGACGAUAAUGAUGAUGGUGAAGAAGUUAAUUAUGAUAAAAACAGAAAUCGAUGGAAUAGCGGACGUAACAGAUGGAAUAACCCAGGUAGAUUUGACUACGGCAACAAUAUGGGAGCUCCAAGAAACCAGGACUUUACAAAUAGACCGAACGCUCCGCUUAUUCAAAGACCAAAUGGCAACCAGUUUAAUAACAAUCCUAUUUACAAUAACCCAAAUGGAAAUUAUCUAAAUGGCGGGAGACAAAAUUUUGAUAAUCCAAAUUUUAGACGUCCAAAUUCCUUCGUUCCCAAUGUUCAGACUCCGAAUGUAAGACAAGGAAUGUGCAGUCUCACAAAUUUUCCUCCGAAUCCGCAAUCAGGUUGUUGUGGUCUGGAUAUUGCUGGUGAUAGGAUGUACGGCAUACAAAACAAUUUCAACCGCCCGCGUCCAGCAAAUCAAAAUCGUUGGAAUCGACAAUCAGGGUAUCCUAGACGUUUUACUCGUGAUACUCCUGAAACUGUUGGUAUCACUUUCGACAACAGAAUUGCAGGUGGCAAGGAGACAGAUUUGUAUCAGUACCCAUGGACGGUUCUGCUGAAGACCACAUUCGACUAUGGAGACAGGCUGGGUACAUUCAAUUGCGGUGGUUCGCUCAUCAGUGGACGAUAUGUCCUCACUGCUGCUCAUUGUGUCUAUGAAGAGAAUACCAGGAUCAGCAAGCUCGAAAUUUACUUGGCGGAGUAUGACAAACGCACGUUCCCGAGGGACUGCAAGAGUUCUCCUGAAGGCAUGACAUGCAUCGACAAUAUCCUCGUUCAAGGAGAAGGCGUGGUCGUCCAUCCCAACUAUGAUGAUAUGAGGUUGCAGAACGACAUAGCACUCGUAAAACUUCAGGAAAAUGUGCCGUAUACAGAAUACAUCCGCCCGAUAUGCCUGCCACCUAUUAACAUCGACAACCCUAACUUCUCCAAUCUUCGGCUGGCGGUGGCUGGUUGGGGAAGAAACGGGAGCCUGCCAUCUGAGGUGAAGCAAUCGACAGUUGUCAACUUGGUGCCACAACGACAAUGUUCCAACGCCUACCCACAAUUGACUGAGAAACAUCUUUGUGCUGCUGGGAAAACUGGUGAAGACACCUGCAAAGGGGAUUCGGGUGGGCCUUUGAUGAUGUUGUACGAAGGAAGGUACUAUGUCUCCGGAGUAGUCAGCGGCAAGAGGGCCGACUCACGAUGUGGUACCUCCGUACCUUCGCUGUACACGAAUGUAUACCAUUAUGUCAACUGGAUCACACAGAAUAUAAAAAAUUGAAUAAGUAAUGAAAGAAUUUGAGUUGUAAGUGUUGACAAUACUUUUUUGUAUUAAAUUAAUUAAGUAUUUUUAUAUUGACAAUAAAAGUCCAUUUGGGAACUUUUUUUUAUGAAA